ACAGUUCUCACUCACACACUUCUUUAUAUAGAUAAUAGAUCCAGAGAAGAUGAGUGGGGGGACUCUUACAGCGAAUUCAAACAUAGGUACAUCGGCUGAGGAGAAAUUGGCCGCGCGUGAUGUGCAAGCCAUGAAGCUUUUUGAGCAGGCGGUUGAAAAGGAAGGUCAUGGACUUAUGUCUGAGGCCAUUGAAUAUUACCGUAAGGCAUUCAAGAUAAAUGAACAAAUUGAUUUACUUUAUCGGAAACAUAAAGUCCCACAGAAUGUGGAGAAAUUGAAGAAUGAUAGAGGAAAGAAUUCCGCGGUUAAGUUGGAUGAAGAGAAGAUCAAAAAGAUAAAUGUAGAUGAUUUACUUGACAGUUUUGAAGGAUUAAACAUUUCUGUAGUCGAAGAUUUGAAAGUCGAGGAAUUAGAAGGUGACGACUCAGACACAGAAAAUAUUGAUGGAGACGACCAACAACGUUCAAAUGAAGAGAAUGUCGCCGUGGAACUGUCACCAUUACUUCGCCUCCCCAAUGAUACUUGGGUAUCUAUUUUCGAAAUCUUAUUGAUUACCAGUCCUGAAUCAUGGUUUAAUUAUAGUAUUACCUGUAGAAAGAAUGCCUUUCUAGGGCUCAGAUCAAGUAUAUUAUGGAAGAGAUUAUGUACCAUGAUCUAUCCAAAUCAACACUACGAGGAAAAUCAAUUAUUCUUAGUCAAUAGAACUCUUGGUGAUGAUAUAAAUGAAAACAAUCUUCCAAUUCCACGAGAUCCACAUCUAAUUGUUCCGCAAUACGGGAAUUCCUGGAAGAGAAUGCUCAAUGAUAGGCCAUUUCUUAAAAUGUUGGGGUGUUAUAUUAGUGUGGUGAAUUACUACAGUGAGGGAGGAGUUGGAUUUUCUAGUAGUUGGAAUAAUCCAAUAAGAAUCAUCACCUAUUAUCGAUAUCUUCGAUUUUAUCCGGAUGGUACAUGUAUAAAGUUGCUCUCCAACUUAGAACCCAAUGUAGUGGUUCCACAUCUUCUGAGAAAGGAUUUAAAUGCCCUCGGUAAUGAUAAUACUUCUCCUAAAGAAGGACGACGGAUUUAUUCUGGGAAAUGGACAAUCAAUUCCGAAGGGGAAGUACAUGUUAUAAUUUCGGAUGGUUCAGUGCUGAUUUAUAAUUUCCAUUAUCAUUUCCAAAUAAAGUCUCUGGGACCUGCAUUCCGUCAUAAUAAAUUGAUUUGGAAACGUUAUUUUACAGUGAAGAAGAUUAGAGAUGAAGCUGAUUGGGAAGAUGAAGAGUCAGAUUUUUCAUUAAAAAAUGAAAAACCAUUUUUAUUUCUGAGAGUUAGGAGAUAUAAUGUAGAUAAUUGAUUGAAAUAGUUAAUAUAAGCAAUA